ACCAGCGAAGUUUAUUUUUGGAGAUCGGUGAAAGGUGCGGGUAAAGUGACAUGUGAAAUGAUUCAGUCAACAGCACUGAGGGCAUAAUGUUCACGCUCAUGCGACUAUGGAUGAAGUUUUGUCGAUCGUCUUGUGUCUGCUUUUGGGUAGAACUUCAGCAUCAGUUGAGGGACUGCUUGAUCCCCAGAAUGUCCACUUCUACUCACUGAACCUCAGGACCAUGGUGAAAUGGACACCAGGAGAUGGGGCUCUCAAUGGAACCCUCUACACUGUGGAAUAUGCCAUUUAUGGUGAUGCAGAGGCGAGCAACAGUGAGCAGGUGAGAUGGAGGCGGGUGGAGCAGUGCACCUCCGUCACACAGACAGAAUGUGAUGUGUCUUGGGAGACGGAUGACCUGAAGGAGGAGUAUUAUGCCAGAGUCAGGGCUGUCAGCCCACACACACAAUCCCUCUGGACCGAGAGUGAAACCAGGUUCAGACCCAUGUUUGACACGAUUUUUGGACCUCCACUAGUGGAAGUAACUGUGGUGCAAAACUACGUGGACAUCAUCAUAAAGGGUCCCUUCAGGAAAACCAAGAGGGCAAAGAAAGAAAAAUCCCUGUGGAAAAUCUUCCCGCACAUGAUCUAUACUGUCUCUGUGUACAACAACAAGAGCAAACACACGCAAAACUUCCUUCAAAAAAACGGUAGCUUGACCCUGGGUCCCCUGGAAUUCUCCACACAUCUCUGCGUUGUGGUUCAGGCACAAUCCCAGACCUUCCCUUUGGCCAGCAAACCCAGUGAACAGACGUGUGUCGAGACACCCAAAGAUCCAUUUAGAGAUCAGCUGCUGACGGCUAUGCUGGGAGGUGUGUUACCAUCUGCUCUCUGUCUGUGUAUACUCGCUGUGCUGGGCGGCCUCAUUCACUGCUACAUUACUGACCACAGACAGACCCUGCCCGAGAGCACGGAUAUGGUGCGUGCAAAUGAAAAACUUCAAAAUUUCCAACCUGAAAGGUCCCAAACAAUCAUCUUCAACCUGACUGGUAUGGGUAGAAUCGGAAUAGGAUCCAAACUGAUCUCUGUUGCGGCUCUGAUGCAGCCCAACUCUGGUGAGGCUUCCUCAGUUGGCGAUACCCAGGCCCUGCCUCUGCCCAUAGACCUGCCAGUGUCUUAUGCACAGCAGCAUGUGACAGCGUCGGGUAAUUCUGCUGUGGUUUCAGAAGACUGGCAGGUGAGUGACGACUCUGACCUGCAGACAUGGCCACAGGAGUCCAGUCAUGACGAGGUUGGAGAUUAUGGAAUUGUACUGCUGGCCAAGCUUGAAACAGAGGACCGGUGUGAUGCUGAGAUUAGUCUGUACAGGACACAAGGCAAGACGAUAGAGCCCAGACAGCCACAGGAUGAAGAGGACAAAGAAGAAGAUGCACAGAUAUUUCAGGAUUGGAGACCUGAGAUCCCUCUGAUGGGGUUGUUAGGCCUAGAUAACGAGGUACAGAUUGAGAUUGAAGCGAAGAAAGAUGAAGUUCCAUUACUGCCUAACAUCAUACUGAGACAGUUAUCAGAGGAGAGCUCAGAGCAGGAAGACGACUUCACCAAAAUGGAGAGAAACUGGGGCCUUGUUAUCCACAGUAACCCAGAAUAG